AUGCAUGACCCUACUUUUAUUUCUUUAUCACAUCCUUCAAUUGAUUAUGUUCCUAUUUAUUAUGAAAUAUUACAUUCUCUUGAUACUCAUUCUUCUUUUAAUCCUUCUUUAAAUUAUCAUCGUGUUUUAGAAUUCUUAUUAAUCUUUUUAGUAAAUCUUAAUGACUCUAUUAUUCCUUCUUCUUUAUAUGAACAUGUUAUUUUAUCCGCUGAUAAACCUGAUGUUGAAAUAGAUAAAUUCUUUAUUAGAAAUAAUGCUUCUAUUCCAAAUUCUCAUUAUAACCUUUUUAUUUAUUUACUAUCUUUUAUUAAAGAAAUUCUUCGUCAAAAUUCUUCUCUUCAUCCAGAAGAUCUUAUCAAAUACUUUUCUUCUUCUUUUGUUCGUCCUAAAGAUGGUUUUCGUCGUCAAUGUGAUUCUAAAACUAUUGAACAAUUUCUCUUAAAAUUUAUUAAAAAAUGA